AUGCAGGAAGUGGAUUUGUAUUUAAUGCAUUUUCCAUAUGCAUAUGCAAUUAAGGAUGGAUAUGCCACCCAGAGAACCCCCGACGGAAAGCCCGUGAUAGACGUGCCGCUUUCAAGAGCAUAUGAUGUUACAUGGGCAGCAAUGGAGAAACUCGUAGAGAAAGGAAAAGCUAAACUCAUCGGGCUGCAAACGACAGGUGUUUCUAAUUUUUCGAGCCCAAAGCUCAAGAGGCUCCUCCAAACAGCAAAAAUCCAUCCGGUUGUGAACCAGGUGGAAAUUCACCCUUACUUCCCCCAAAAGGGCCUCGUGGAAUACUGCCAGGAAAACGAUAUCCACGUCACAGCGCAUUGCCCACUGGGGGGAGCACCUAUACCUGUCCUCAUAGGCAGACAUGGUCCUGGGCCUCUGGAAGACCCAACACUUCUGAGAUUGGCCCAAAAAUACGACAAAACCGUUGCUCAAGUUGUGCUCUGCCAUACCAUCUGCCGUGGUAUAUCGGUUAUUCCCAAGACGAAUAAUCCAAAGAGGAUUAUAGAAAACUUUGAUAUACUUUUCGAGAUGGAUGAGGCUGAUUUUAAGUUGAUUGACAAUCUUAUGGGUGAGAGAGGCGAAAGGGGGAUUCGGAACUUGGAAACUCGAGAUUACCUAGGAUUUGAUAACUUUAACGAGGAGGUAGAAGAGCCCUAG